ACUCUUUCUUUCUUGCAACAUCUCCUUUUGCCCCUGGGUAGCUGUUUCUGGGUUUCUGCUCUUCUCCUCUCUUAUCAAUACUCUUUAAGGAUAAAAUGGUCAUUUCAUCCCCUCUUUGAUUUUUCCUCAUCUUCUUCCUCACUUUGUCCAUUUCUCAGCUCGCCUCAUCGAUCGAUCUGCUCAGCUCGGUUGCCGCAGGUCAAGAAAUAACAUUGAUUGAUUGAUGGGUACAUCAUCUGGUUCUAAUAUCCAACAGCCAUCAUCAAAAAUGUUGCCUCCACGUCAGCAGCCUCGACUGGGAGGACUACAAACUUCUCUUUCCCUAGUAUCCUCAGAUCAUCCUCGCUCGUCUCCCGAUACCCAAGAACCCAGAUCGAACUCUGAUAAUAUUCGUGAGUCCCCCACUGAGAGUGCCAGUUCUAGAGAAACUUGGCCUGCUGCUGAUGCUGUUGCCAUGGCAAAGAAAAUGGAGAAUGGAAAAGCUGAAAAUGAUUGCCCUGAACAGUCUGUCAUUCGCCGUGUUUCCAGUGCUGAUAAAAUAUCUCUUCGUGAUAUAGCAAGAGAACGAGUUGAUAUUAUUUCUGAAAAGAUGCAUCGCUUGCCUGAUGAGUUUCUUGAAGAGCUAAAGAAUGAACUUCGUGCAAUACUUGAAGGAAAUGGCGGUUCACAGCAAAGAGAGGAAUUUUCGAUUUUGCAGAAGUUUGUUCAGACUAGAUCUGACUUGACAGCUAAGACAUUGAUUAGAGCACACCGAGUCCAGGUUGAAAUUCUUGUUGCAAUAAAUACUGGAAUUCAAGCAUUUUUGCAUCCAAGUAUUAGCCUUUCUCAGACAUCCCUCAUUGAGGUAUUUGUUUUCAAGAGAUGCAGAAAUAUUGCAUGCCAAAAUCAACUUCCAGCUGAUGAUUGUCCUUGCGGCAUUUGCACCAAUAGAAAUGGUUUUUGCAAUCUGUGCAUGUGUGUGAUCUGUAACAAGUUUGAUUUUGAAGUCAAUACUUGUCGUUGGAUUGGUUGCGAUCUGUGUUCUCAUUGGACUCACACUGAUUGUGCUAUUCGUGAUGGACAAAUUUGUAUGGGCCCAUCAGUUAAGAAUGGAGCUGGCCCAACUGAAAUGCUUUUCCGAUGCCGUGCAUGCAAUAGAACAUCUGAGCUUCUAGGGUGGGUGAAAGAUGUUUUCCAACAUUGUGCACCAGCAUGGGACCGAGAGGCUCUAAUGAGAGAACUAGAUUUUGUCAGUAGAAUCUUCAGGGGAAGUGAAGACCCUAGAGGCAGGAAGCUUUUUUGGAAAUGUGAGGAACUUAUUGAUAAAAUGAAGGGUGGACUUGCAGAGUCAACAGCCUGCAGAGUAAUUCUGAUGUUUUUCCAAGAACUCGAGGUAGACUCUCCAAAAAGUUUGGAAAAUGGGGAGGGUGGAAGGCUAAUAGCCCCACAGGAGGCAUGCAACCGAAUUGCUGAAGUGGUGCAAGAGGCCAUAAGGAAGAUGGAAAUGGUGGCUGAUGAGAAGAUGAGAAUGUUUAAGAAAGCCCGCAUUGCUCUUGAUGCUUGUGAUCGGGAACUGGAGGAGAAGGCCAAGGAAGUGACAGAACUAAAACUAGACAGGCAAAAGAAAAAGCUACAAGUAGAAGAGCUGGAGAGAAUUGUGAGGCUUAAGCAGGCAGAGGCUGAUAUGUUCCAGCUCAAGGCCAAUGAAGCAAAACGAGAGGCUGAGCGGCUGCAGAGGAUUGCUCUUGCUAAAACUGACAAAUCAGAGGAAGAAUAUGCCAGCAGUUACCUCAAACUUCGAUUAAGUGAAGCUGAAGCAGAGAAGCAGUAUCUGUUUGAGAAGAUUAAGCUGCAGGAGAGUUCGCGGGCAUCACAAAGCAGUGGUGGGGGUGACCCUUCACAGGUGUUGACAUAUUCCAAAAUUCACGACUUGCUCAAUGGAUACAAUGGCCCCCCCAAGUCAGAAUUGCGGUCAAAUGAACGCCAUCAUUUUAGGACAAAUCCCUGAGAAAAUGCUUUCUCGAUUGUUAUAUAUUAAAUUAACUAUGUGAUUUAGGAGUGUCACUUUGUUUCUGAACAAGUGUGAAUGAAAUGCUACUUGGUUUCAUUUCAUUGUGGAACUUCUUAACCAGCAGCUUCACUAUUGCUAGGAAUAUAGCAAAAGCUGCAGUGAAUUUUUUUUUUUUUUUUCCAUACUGCAGUUUCUCUGCAUGAAAAUGUAUUAUACAUUUGUAGCUGUUGCUAGUUUACAGUUGAAUUGUCCUCGUGAUGUGCAGUUGCACCUCUUAUACAUGCGUUAGUUAGGAUCAUGUCUAAACAUAAAAGUCGGAUCAUUUCUAUAAAAUGUGUGAAUUCUUUCUA